AUGAGAUCUAUAAAAGAAGAGGAAGAUCUUAUCAGCAAGCUUCCUGAUGUAAUUUUAUCUUCUAUCAUUUCUUUGCUUCCCGUCAUGGAAGGAGUGAGAACUGGUGUGCUUUCAAAACGGUGGGAAACAAUGUGGAAAUACUCAUCUCACCUUAACUUUGACCAAAGAAAAAUGUUGAAGCCUUUGAUCGAAGAAUAUAUUCAAACUUCUGAACCAACUACACGCCUUAAAAUGGCUAUGUGUCGUAAGAUAUCUCCCGAAGAUGAGCAAUAUUUUGAUACAAUUGCUCAAACAGCCAUGUUGAUUACAUCAAUUAUGGACAAUCACAUUGGUCCUUUGAAAAGUUGUAGUAUUCGACAUUUAGUUGGAUGGACCCUUUGA